AUGGAACAAGAGGAGAAGGACCAAGACACCCUCACUGGAGACGCUGGGAGCAAAAAAGUAUUUUUCAGAAUAAACAGAAGCAACUUCUUAUUGGAAGUGCAGGUUGAGGGUCAAUCCAACUGGUUUCUGGUAUGCCAUGAGAACUGGGAUGUCUCCCUGGGGAUGCAAAUCUGCAGGUGGUUGGGUCACGCCCGGCUCACCCACCACAAAGGGGUAAACCUAACGGAUGUGAAGCUGAGCACCACCCAAGAGUUUGCUCAGAUUUUGCCCAACUGGAAACGAAGCAUCAAGGAUAAGUGGCAAGUGAGGCUUUCUGGCUGGGUGGCCUUUGCUGGGCUUGAAGACCACACCAGUGUCAAAGAGCAGGUGGAAGUUGCAGUGGAGAAGGCGAUUCUCCACCCCAACUACAGCAGCAGGAGCCCCGACUAUGACAUUGCAUUGCUGAAGCUGAAGGAGCCUCAGCAUUUCUCAGAUACUGUUGGAGCUGUGUGUUUGCCCCAGUACCAUCAAGACAUCCCUAGCGGAAGCACGUGCUGGAUUUUGACUCAGGACACCACAAGAUUAGAAAAUGCCACAGGUGACCCUGCUGAGACACUAACGAGAGUGCCAGUGACCCUGCUCAGCACCCAGAAGUGCAACAGCCCAUGUAGGAUGUCAGGGGAGCUCAGCCCUAGAAUGCUCUGUGCCCACUACUUGGAUGGAAACACUGAGGCCUGCAAGGCCAAGUGGGGAGGACCUCUGGUUUGUCUGCUCGAGCACGCCUGGCGCCUGGUGGGGAUUGGGAGCCAGGGCACCGGGUGCAAGGAGCCUGAACAACCUGAUGUUUAUACAGAGGUUGCAGAGUUCCUGGACUGGAUCCAUCAUGUCAUGGAGAGCUACUAG